UAAGGCGAGCAUUUGUGUCUAAAUUUGGAUUGCUAGAGUGAAAAAUUAGUCAAAGAAAGUAGUACUGUGUUUCUUGGCUGUUUUGCAGCUCUCUCUGACGGCUGGACGUGCAACGAGAGAAGCGCCGCCUCCUGGUGUUCAGCGGCAGACCUGGAGGCCGGAACGCGAGCAACUUCAUCCACAUUUCGCCGUCACUCGCCAAGGUGGUGACAUCAUCGCGACUUCCUGCUGCUCUCGUCACGUGGACCAUCUUCGUAAUUAAUCAAAGACUUACUAUUUACCACCGCUCACUUCCUCUCCAGCCCAAAGCCGUCAUGAUGCAGACAGACUCCAUGACUCAAGAGGUCUGGGGCCGCCCGCCCCCAGCUGACUGGGCUGCGCCCCGCGUGCCCCCGGCACACGCCCCACUCAACCCUCCGAGGGCCAACAUGCCCCGUCAAAGCGAGAAUUUGCCCAAAGAUCCGAGAAUGUGGAGCCGCGAGCACGUUGUGAUGUGGCUUCGCCACAUGGCCAGCCGCCACCAGAUGCAGAUCAACGCGCCGCACUUGCGAUUUCCCAUGAAUGGCAAGGCAUUGUGUCUGAUGAACGUGGACAUGUUCCUGCAGCGCGUCCCGGUCGGUGGCAAGACGCUCUACAAGGACUUUCAGCUGCGCCUCAGCAGGGCCAUGUACCUCCAGGCCCAGACGGCGAGCAAAUGUUGAAAUGCAGUUAUCAGCUUUUUGUUGUAACAUAAUUUUGUAAAGUCGGCUAUGAUUUUCCUAUGAUGAAGUGCUUAUCUUUAUAUUGUAUACAUUUAAAAUAAUUUAAUUAAUUCAACAAACCAAAAAGGCAGCCCAAAUGUACUAUUGUAAGCUUUGGUUACUUUUAUAAUUUAUACGCAUUCAACUAUUUUCUGAUUAGACCAAAUACUCGUGAAGCGAUUCGGCAAAAUCAGAGUUUAAAAUGUAGUUGUUCUAGUCACACCUCAAUGACAGCAUUGUCCAACAAUUUGCAAAUCCAGCACCUCACCGCGAUUAUACCAAAUGAUUGUUUGUCCAAUUGCAGCAUCUUUUCCGAUUGGAUGAUUUAGUUUACCGUUGUGGCUAUGUUACUAUACAUUCAGGUGAAUGAUUUGCACAAAUAAAGAUUACGUUUAAACUC